UGCUUCCUAAAAGGCAGGAGUCGGGCCUACCGGCGCCAGGGGCUGCGGGGCGGGAGGGGGCGGCCGGGAAAAAGUUACCUCGGUUCCCGAAGUGCGGGCGAGCGGCUGGUCGCCAGUGUGCGACCCGAGCUGUGGGUAAGGUAUCCCUGAAACAUGGCAGUCAAAUGGAUCGGUGGACAUUCAUCCUCUGUACUGUGCUUGAACGUAAACACAGAAGGGCUGGUGGUUUCAGGCGCGGAGAAAGGCGAGCUCACGCUCUGGGAUGGGGGAGGCACUCCAGCAGGACAGCUCCAGCUCCCGAAGGCAGACGAUGUGACCUCCGUGGUGUUCUCUCCCUGCUGUCCCACCAGGCUGUAUGCCUCCCAUGGAGAAACUAUCAGUUUGCUGGAUGUCCGAUCGCUCAAGGAGCCCGUCGAACGCUUCCACGUGAAUGAGGAGGAGAUCAACUGCCUCUCUGUGAACGAGACCGACAGUUUCUUGGCUGCGGCAGAUGACUCAGGGGCAAUAAAAGUUAUGGACUUGGAAAACAAGAAAGUCAGCCGGUCCUUAAGACACUCAAACAUCUGCUCCUCUGUUGUCUUUCGACCUCAGAGGCCUCAAAGCCUUCUUUCCUGUGGACUGGACAUGCAGGUUAUGCUGUGGAACCUGCAGAAAGCUCGCCCCUUGUGGACCACAAACCUGCAGGAGUGUGAAAUGGAGGAAGACAGUCCGGAGUCAGCUGGCCAGUUCUUUAACCCACCACUUGCACAUUCCCUGUCUGUCGCAUCGUGCGGCAACAUCUUUGGCUGCGGAGCUCAAGAUGGUAAAGUCAGAAUAUUCAGAGUCACUGGUGUCAAGUUUGAACGUGAGCUGGAGUUUCAAGGUCACUGCUUGGGAGUAUCGCAGGUCCUCUUUAUGCCAGAAGCGUACUGGUUGUUGACUGGAGGGAAUGAUGGGAAAGUCUUGCUCUGGGAUGUCAGCAGUGACAUUGGAAAGCAGCAGAGAAGUCCAGCAAAAUGUCUGCAGAGAAGGAAGGCCCAAGCACCCACUUCCACCAGAAAAGAUGGAAAGUUCAGCAAAGUGUCUUCAAAUGAACAUGCCACGGUUUUACCAAAGCUAACCAUUGAGCAUGGAGAGAAGGUGAACUGGAUCUCGUGUGCAGAGAUCAAAGGCUCUAAGAGAGUAUUAGUUGCUGAUCAGAGUAGUUCUGUAUCUGUGUAUUCAUUGCCAGAACCUUAGACACUGAGAUGUUUAAACAAAUUUGUGGGGGAAAACUACUUCUCAGAGCGUUUGAAAUGAGUCCGCUGACUGAACUGAACAGUGAAACCUGCUGUGUCCUUUGUAAGGGAAAAGGAUUUGCUGUGUACUCAUGUGAGUACUCGUGAUGUAACUGGCCUCACGCUCUGUUUUUUGGGGGCUGUUGGUAUUCACUGCAGCUGUUUCUUGCAGGGUUGGCAGUUUGCUUCUGGAACUUAAGUGAAACGGGUUUCAAUGUAUUUAGGGGUAAUAUUAGUUCAUGACUAUGCUGACAUAAUUAAGGUUGGAGGAAGAAAUCCACGCUAAUGGGGACACCCACAGUGCUAAAUGAGGAUGCAGAACAGUAACAGAGAUGUCAUGAGCUGCUUGCAUUUUGAACUAUGGCAGUGCUUUAAAGUACUCUCCCCAUGAAACUGUGUCACAGUUACCUUAAAUUGGACAUAGUGGAAAUAUAUUUUUCAUUAGUUUGUCAGCAGGUGCAUGUAACACUAGACAAGCAUCAACUAAUGAGUAAUCAAAUUAGUUUAACUGUCAUUGCCAAUUGGAUUUUUUCAUGCUGCAAUAAAUGAAGGAGCAAGGGAAAAUGUUAACAUCUGUUCAAUGGGUCAGCUGUCUUAUGCAUUUAGUUGUUUAUCCAGGGAAAAAUAACUGUUACACUUGUCUUAAUAAAUGCUUUCUCUCACUGCU